AUGGCAGCAGCAGCAACGAAGAAUGCUAAGUCUGCGGACGGCAAGUUCGCUGAUAUGCAGAGAGAUACUGUCGAGCUAAAUGACAAGCACCAUAUGACUACUGACUAUGGCAUCAAAAUCUCCGAUCCAGACCACUGGUUGCGUGUGGUUAAUGAUAAGAACACCGGGCCCAUGCUCCUAGAGGAUCAAAUUGCCCGUGAGAAGAUUAUGCGCUUUGACCAUGAACGUAUCCCCGAGCGAGUCGUUCAUGCCCGAGGUACCGGUGCCUUUGGCACAUUCAAACUUUUCGAGAGCGCAGAGGACGUUACGACUGCCGGCGUCCUGACCGACACAUCUCGCGAGACACCACUGUUCUUACGCUUCUCAACCGUUCAAGGCAGCAAAGGUAGUGCGGACACAGUUCGUGAUGUGCGCGGCUUUGCCAUUAAGAUGUACACUGCGGAGGGAAAUUGGGAUAUCGUCGGCAAUAAUAUCCCCGUCUUCUUCAUCCAGGACGCUGUCAAGUUCCCGGAUGUUAUUCACUCGGUUAAGCCUGAGCCUCAUAAUGAAGUGCCACAGGGCCAGAGUGCGCAUAACAACUUUUGGGACUUUGUGUAUAUGCAUUCGGAGACAACGCAUAUGAAUUACUGGCAAAUGUCUGACCGGGCUAUUCCGAGGUCUUACCGUAUGAUGCAGGGCUUCGGUGUGAACACUUACUCCCUUAUCAACAAGGAGGGAAAGCGUCACCUUGUCAAAUUCCACUUCACCCCCGAGUUGGGUGUACACUCGCUGGUCUGGGAUGAGGCCUUGAAGAUCUGUGGUCAGGACCCGGACUUCCACCGCAAGGAUCUCAUGGAUGCAAUUGACGCUGGCCACUUCCCACGAUGGAAGUUUGGUCUUCAGCUUAUUCCCGAAGAGAAGGUUGAUGAUUUUGAAUUCGACCCGUUGGAUGCCACCAAGGUCUGGCCUGAGGAGCUCGUGCCUAUUCGAUACAUUGGCCAACUGGAGCUUAACCGAAAUAUCGACGAGUUCCAUCCCCAGACCGAGCAGGCCGCCUUCUGCACGAGCCAUAUCGUGCCUGGCAUCGAUUUCUCGAAUGACCCAUUGCUUCAGGGCCGCAAUUUUUCCUACUUCGAUACGCAAAUUUCUCGUCUCGGACCGAACUGGGAGGAACUGCCUAUCAACCGCCCAGUCUGCCCGUAUAUGAAUCUAGUCAACCGUGAUGGCUCGAUGAAGCAUCGCAUCACAAAGGGCACGGUAAACUACUGGCCCAACCGCUUCCAUGCAAACCCACCUGCCGAGCCAUCCCAGGGAGGUUUCACCAGCUACCCGGAGAAACAGCAAGGUAUCAAGGCGCGCGCUCUGUCAGAGAAAUUCAAGGAGCAUUAUAACCAAGCGCAAACUUUCUACAACUCCCUCUCCGAGAUUGAAAAGUUGCACGUCGCCAAGGCGUUCUCAUUUGAACUGGAUCACUGCGAUGAUCCCAUCGUUUACAAGCGCAUGACCGAACGAAUUGCCGCUGUCAGCACCGAGCUCGCAGAAAUGGUCGCCACAAAUGUCGGCGGUGACCUACCAUCCAAGUCUCCCAAGUCCAACCACGGCAAGAAGGCCAAGGGUCUCAGCCAGCUUGAGUACCUUCCCGAGAAGCCGGUGAUUGAUACUCGCCGCGUCGCAAUCCUUCUCGCCGACGGCUUCGACUACAACGCCUAUGUCACCAUGAAGGACGCCCUGUCUGAGCGGGGCGCCUUCGUCUUCACGAUCGGCGCACAGCGCAAGGGCGUCACCUCCGAGUCUGGCCAGAAGGUCGUACCAGAUCAUUUCUUCACGGGCAUGCGGUCGACGCUGUUUGACGCUACAUUUAUUCCCGGCGGCAAACACGUUGCAGAGGGUCUAGCGAAGAACGGCGUUGCCAAGUUCUGGGUUACCGAGUCUUUUGCCCAUCUCAAGCCCAUUGCGGGUGUCAACGAAGCUGUGCCGUUUAUUCAGAAGCAGAUUGGUCUGGAUGAGGUUGAGGUUGCGUCGCCCGGUACAUCAUUUGCGGAAUCUUAUGGUGUCGUGACUGGAUAUGGUGAUGCGCCGUCAACCCUGAAGGUUGGCAGCGUUGGACCUGACUCGAAGGGGUUGGCAGAGAAGUUUAUUUGGCAUAUCUCGCGUCAUCGUAACUGGCAGCGGGAGCUGGAUGGGUUGUCUGACCAGAUUGCGGCUUAA